CGGCACAAGGAAAGGAAUCUUCGAAAGCCCAAAUCAGUUGAGACGCGGGACAUAGCGGCCCAAGCUCAACUCAACCCAUUACGCGCGUUCUCUCUCUGAACUGGCAAGAAAGAAAAAAAAGUAGGUCCGAAUAAUUUCCAUGGAAGAUUAGUCUCAUCAUCUCAGCCAAAAUCCGCAACGAGUUCGAAGCGUGAGAGGCUUUGAAAAUUGAUCGAUCGAUUGACUCAGAAUCACCAACCAACCAACCAACUGUAGAUCGCAACGUAACAGAAAGAUCCGAUCAUUCCAUUGAUCCUAAUCUGGGAAGAUGGAGAAAAUGAAGAAUAUGUUGAAGCCAAAAGCCAAUCCCCAAGAGCAAUUGAGGGACUGGCAGCGUCGUCUCCGCCAAGAGUGCCGCAAUAUCGAACGCCAAAUCCGAGAUAUACAGAGAGAAGAGAAAAGUGUGCAGAAAGCAAUUAAAGAAGCUGCCAAGAGAAAUGAUAUGGGCUCUGCCAAGGCACUUGCUAAGGAGAUUGUGAUGUCUAGGCAAACUGUCAACCGGCUUUACGAAAACAAGGCACAACUAAAUUCAAUAUCAAUGCACCUUGGGGAGAGUGUUGCAAUUGCCCGCACAGUGGGGCACUUGUCCAAGAGUGCUGAUGUCAUGAAGCUUGUCAACAACCUCAUGAAGGCCCCAGAAGUUGCUAUCACAAUGCAGGAAUUCAGCAAGGAAAUGCUAAAGGCAGGGAUAAUUGAGGAGACUGUAAAUGAUGCUAUUGACUCAGCACUGGAUACGGAGGAUAUGGAAGAGGAGAUUGAUGAAGAAGUUGACAAAGUCUUGACUACACUUGCUGGUGAGACUGCUGCUGAACUUCCGGAAGCAGUCAGGAAGGAGAAAUUAAAGGAACCCGCAGGAGCUGUGCCGGAGGAUGAAGCAACAGGCGAGGGUGCUGACGAUGAGGAAGAACUUGAAGAAAUUAGGGCCCGGCUUGCCAGAGUUAGAUCAUAGUUUGAUCAUUUUAUGCUUACCUCUAAUACGUGGCAUUUAAUGGAAAGGUCAUCAAAUUGGUUUCCGGAUUGCAGCAGGUAAAACCUAGUUUACCUUUUGAGAAAGAGAUGGGAAGAAAAUGUCUAUAUUAUAAUUCAUAUCAAAAUCCACUUCAUUUGAAACACAUGUUUGGUCAUUACUUGUGCAAUAGUUAAUUAUCUAUACGUGCAUUAUCUUGGCUU